AUGUCUCAACAACAGACAAAAAAUUGUAUAACGCUGCGGGGCUCAGCACAAAUUAUAUGUGAAUAUUUAAAGUUCGCUAUAAAUUCGGUAUUGUUCCAAAGAGGUUUGUAUCCACCGGAAACGUUUAAAGCUGCGCAACAAUACGGUAUCACCUUACUUCUGUCUGAAGAUCCACAAAUUAAGGCUUUUCUUAAUAAUCUGUUGUCGCAAAGUGAAGAAUGGAUUUUAAAUAAAAAAGUAAGUAAACUCUCCUUAAUAAUAUUAAAUGUAGCAAACAAAGAAAUAUUAGAAUGUUGGGAUUUCAACGUCCAGUAUGAAGAUGGUGACGCAGCUUUAACCAAAGAGAAAAACGAAACCGUCGGUAGUAAAGAAUUAAAGAAAAUACAACAGGAAAUUAGAGAUGUAAUGUUACAAGUCGCUGCAACUAUAUCUUACCUACCGUUCUUAGAUUGUCGGUGUUCGUUUGACGUUCUAGUACAUGCUAAGAUGAGCUGCGAUAUUCCAGAGAAAUGGGCAGAGGCCGAGCCAGUAGCAAUAGCAAAUGCUCAAAAUGUACAAUUAAAAAGUUUUUCAACCAGCCUUCAUAAAAUGGAAACUGUCGUUAGUUAUAAACUUGCAGAUUAG